AAAAUAGCUUCUUUCAAAUAAAAAGAACCAGUCUUUCUGCUGAUUCGAUUCUCUUGUUCAGGAGCGCUUGUUUUCUCCUACGGUUUAUGUCCGAUUUAGCGACCAUUUGUAUUCCUGUUGAGCUGUAAAAGCUCAUUUUUCCCACCGCUGUAAGUGUCCCUGAACGACUCUGGACUCUGAUUGGCAGCUGCAGGUGUCAGGUUGCAGUAGUGGGCGGGAUUUGCUGUCACUGGACAUGUCCGCUCUCAGCUGGAAUCAACAGGUCUGAAGGUACCAAAGCUUCUAAGCUGUGCUUUAGGAGGUUUGUUCCGCUCGGAACCAGAACCGGUUCUGAGCUCUGCUUAUCGGGGGACACGCGUCUGCUGCUGGUGAGCAUCAUGUCUAGAGAACAGGUGAGCAUCACAGACCUGCUGCUCUCUUUGGAGAGUUCAGAGCUGCAGGAGGUGGAGCGGGUCAAAACCGCAGUCAACCAGCAACUGAGUACAGACAGAGGAGGUGCUGUCCUCUCCUCACUGGUGGAGCAUUACCUGGACUCCUCCUCCUCUCAGGUGGUGCUCCUCCUCUCCUCCAUCAGAGAGCCUCAUCACAAGGUGCUGCUGGAGAAGCUAAACGAGGCCCUGAACCGACCCGGAAAUAGACUGGCAGGUGUCACCUUGCUGGGUCACCUGAUCAGGAAGCAGCCACCUUGGGUCCAUCACAUCAGCCAGUCACCAAUCCUGUUGUCACUGCUGCGCUGCCUCAAGACGGAUGGUGACGUGGUGGUUCUCAUCACUGGAGUCCUGGUCCUCAUUACUCUCUUACCCAUGAUCCCUCAGGCUGGGAAACAACACAUCUACGAUUUCUUUGACGUGUUUGGACGCCUUGUUUCCUGGAGCUACAAGAACCCUGGCCAUGUGGCUCCAGUGUACCUGGUCCACCUCCAUGCAGGUGUUUACUCGCUGUUCCACCGUCUGUAUGGGAUGUUCCCCUGUAACUUCAUCUCCUACCUGAGGUUGCACUACAGCAUGGAGGAGAACCUGGACACCUUCCAGGAGGUGGUCAAGCCGAUGUUGGAACAUGUACGGAUUCACCCAGAACUUGUUACAGGGACUCAGGACUAUGAACUGGACCCGUCCAGGUGGAGGUGCUAUGAAGUCCAUGACAUCAUCAUUGAAUGCGCCAGACUGUCUCUGGACCCUCUGGAGUCGUCUUGUGAGGAAGAAGUUUACUACUCUCCCCCAGCCUCUCCCAAACUUCCCCCACAGUCCUUCCCGCAUCUUCACUUGGAUCUCAGCUCCAACCCUCAUGACUUGGAGCCAAUCAGCAGCUCAGGAAUUUCAGUCAGUUGUCCCCCUCAGCUGACGCUCAACACCUCCUACAUGCAGGCUGAUGACCUCACAUGGAGCCCCUCCUCUCAGUGUGGUUUGUCCACGCCCCCUCCUGAGGCUGCUACUAGCCCCGCCCCCUCUCUGAGCAGGUCUACCUCCAUCUCAGGUGUGAAAUGUCCCUCACCUGCCUCUGUACCUGUAACCAUGCCCAGUGGAGAUAGCUACCAACCUGUCAGCGUGCUCCAGGUGACAUCAGGUUUCAUUCCGAAGGAGCAACACGAAGACAGCCUAUGUCUGUCCUCACAGGUGAUGCAGCAGCCAAUCAGAGCAAAGGAGGAGAUGGGUCUGAGGGACAUGAUCGGCGAGAACCUGAACAGUGCAGACGUCAGGCCACGGCCCGCCUCCUCUCAGCUCCUCCUCCUCACCUCCACCCCAGCCUCUAGCCUUCCGUCACCCUCCUGUUCUAGGUCUCUCUGCCUCACCCCUCCUCACUCCUCCUCCCAUGUGUCUGAACAACAAGGCCCCGCCCCUCCGUAUGAGUCACUGUUUGAGCUCGCUCUGCCUCGGGCAGCCACGCUGUUCAUCGGAAAGAAAAUGCAGGAGGCGCUGGAGAGAGCUGUAGGAGAGCAGAGGGAGGAAGAGCAGACCUCAGUCUCUCCUCUGAAGGUUUUGGACCGUAUGAUCGUACAUGGAAACGACGCUCAUGAACGCCUCAGCAGGAGGUUCUCAGCUGGAACCAAGUCCAUGGAUCGGAGUCAUUUGGGAGGUAAACAGCAGAGCAUGAAAAGCAGAGGUCCCGCCCCAGGGGAGGAGCCUCAAACCCUGAAGAGUCAGCUGUUGCUGGUUCACAGCCAGCUGCAGUACGAACGUUUCAAACGACAGCAACACGCCAUCAGAAACCGACGCCUGCUGCGCCGAGUCAUCAACGUCACAGCACUGGAGGAGCAGACAGUCGCUAUGAAGGGACAGCUCAGUGUACAAGACGAGGAGAUCCGGUGUCUGAAGUCCAGUCUAGAUGAAGAGCAAAGAAGGUUCACCAAACUGAAGCAGGACGCAAAGACCCAAUCAAAGCACCUCCAUGAUCAGAUCCAGCAGCUUCUGCAGCAACAACAGGACAAGCAGCAAGAGAACCAGUUGCUGCAGAGCGAACUUGUGGAGAAUCGGGGCAGGCUUAAGGACCUGGAGGCGGAGCUGCAGAGAGCCAAUAACAAGGCCAAUCAUGCUGAACACCUGCUGACGCAGCUGUCACUAAAGCUGUGCAGCAGUGAGCAGCUGCAGCAACAGAUCUUCCUGCUCAACCAGCAGCUCAUCCUGCUGAGAGAAACCAACAGAGCUUUGAGCGAACAGCUGGAGGAAGGAGAUCCAUAUCGUUGGACCGAGGAGGCCAUGCUGCAGCGCAGCGUGGGGAAGGAGUUCCAGAGACUGAAGGACUGUAACGUUCAGCAGAAACAGAAACUGGAAGCAGCCAAUCACAGGAUAGCAGAGCUGGAGAACCAAUUGGCCAAGAAGGAGAAGCUCAUCUUGGAUCAGAAGAAACUUCUAGAGGACACCAAGAACCAGAACAGGGCAGAGCUGUCAGCUUCAGAGAGUCGAUGUGUCGCUCUGAGAAGACUCACCCAGACUCUCCAGACUGAGAUGCUUCACCUGUACAGCCAGAUCCACCUGGACACUCAACCAGGAAGCGACACGUGGACACACAGCUCGGCUCUGGAUGUCAGCAGCAGGCCAAUCAGAGACAGCACCUCCUCACCCAUCACUCAGGAUAGCAACAAGUCCCGCCCCUCCUCUUCUUCUGCUGUGGGAAUCAUAAACGGUGCCGUGGAGGUCCUCUCCUCCUCCUCCCCCCUCCCCGUCUCCCCCUUUGACUCCCCACUGGCCGUUGGAUCCUUCCUAGAGCAGCAGGCGCGGCGAAUGUUUGGGCCGAGCAGUCAGAGCCUAGAGGGAGAGGAGGAGAAACAGGAGGAAAAAGAGGAAGAGGAUGCCCACCCAGAGAGCCCACCACUGGGCCAGGAGGUGGAGGAGGCCACCUUUCUCACUGGGAGUCCUCACAUUGAGUCUCCGAGUCCUGCUGCCGCCGCUGCAGACUUGGCACUUACCGUCCGCCAGCGGAGGGACGAGCUCAGCAUCAUGGACUACAACGAGUCGCUCCCUGAGUUCUGACAUAGGAGGAAGGGGAGAAGAGGAGGAGGAGCAGAAAGUAUUAAAAAAAGUUUAAUCAAAAGUUUACAGCAGAAACAUGAUAAGAACUGCAGCUAAUUUUGUGUUCAGAAUAAUGUGACCGACCGUCUGGAUGUGGUCUACCUGGAGUCUGGAGCUGCUGCGUGAAGCUGAUCAACAGUAAGAAGACUCUGGAACAUCUCUGUCAGAUGAAGGGACCUCCUGGAACAACAACAGGGAGCAGAUGGCUCAUACUCCAAAUCUUAAAUUACGCUUUAAAAAGAAAUAAAGACUAAUGAGAUCAAAGUAAAUUAUUUCCACAAAAAAAAUCACCAGAGAUAGUUAGAUAAAAACAUCAGCAGACCGCUGCUCUGCUCACAUGUUCAGCUGAUGUUGAUGAGGAGCAGGAGGUUUCUGAUCGUCCAGGGAAAGGAGGAGGGGGUAGGGAAUCAUCAUUAACACCACACAGAAAGCAUUUGAUUAACAGUCUGUAUAUUCUUUCAUAUUUAAGAUUUUAUUCUUAAGUGAAGCAAAGAAAACAAAUGACUGAUCAGCUGUUUUUCUUGUGUGGCUGUUUACUGACUGUUUCCACCUCAGAAACAUGAAGCAGCCGCUCAUCUGCAGACAGGGAAUUCGAGGAAUAAAAGAUCUGUGAAAGCUCUG